UACGGACGCGCCGUGUGUGUGCGCGUUUCUUGUGUUGAACCGGUGCGAGUGACGGUUUGCCUUUCACGUAUUUUCCGGUAUGUGUACUCAAUACACGUGUUGGUUUGAAGUGUUCAAAGUGAUGGUAAUUUUAGCAACGAAUGCACCAACCGCAAAACAGUCCGAUCGAUCGCUGGCGUGAAAUGCCAUUUGGCUCGAUUGGCGCCAUCCGUGUAGCUAAAGUGUUCGUGUGUGCCAGUGUGUGUGUCUGUUUGUGUGUUGUGUUGGGAGAGGGUGGUGGUGGUUAGGUAAAUGAUCGCCGUGUUGUGCAACGGGUACACCCGGUUGUUGUGCGGUGGAGCUGCCACGCCGUAGGAGGAAGCCGGCGAAGCUGCCCAGUGAUUCAUGCGUGUUAGUGCACCCCAGCGGCACAACAGCACACACGACCAGAGAUCACCACAAGAGCAGUCCCGAUCGUGUUUUUUUGUUGGUCUGGUGGUGAUUCAUAUUCAAAGGAGGCUCACGGGAAAGAGGUACCCCACUCAAAGGGGAGGAACCACCGCCGCCGCCAUCUCUCCUGUGGUCGAAAACACCCUUUCAACAACGACGCGACGUUUGAGCUCAAGAAGGGCCAAUCCGGAAGUGUUUGGAUUUGAAUCGGAUUAGUGCGGUGCAAACUACUAUGACAUGGGAUCGUGCACGAGACGACACUUCCUGUUGUCAAUAUGCGUCCUGCAGAUGCUAUUCGUCAUCGAGCGGCAGGUGUUCGACUUUCUCGGCUACAUGUGGGCACCGAUCCUGGUGAACUUCUUCCAGAUCCUGUUUGUGAUAUUCGGUUUCUUCGGUGCCUAUCAGUACCGGCCCCGGUACCUCGUAGCGUAUACCGUGUGGAGUUUGCUGUGGUUAGGAUGGAACAUCUUCCUAAUAUGCUUUUAUCUAAAUAUAGGAAUUUUAGAUAGGGAUAGUGAUUUAUUGAAUUUGGGAACGGGCAGCGUGUCCUGGUUCGAGGAGAAUGGCUACGGUUGCCGACCCACCUACCCCACCAAUAUCACAUCGGAGGAUCCUUACCGGCCAGUGCGACCGGAACGGGUCGACGGUUGCCUGCUGGAGUAUCACAUCGUGGAAGUGGUACAAUCGGGCAUCCACUGCGCACUAGCAGUUUUUGGAAUCUUUGGAGCAAUCUGCCUUGGACAGACGUUUCUAGACGAGGAUGACAGCUUCGAUUUUAUGGGCGGAGACGCGAAGAGCCCGCAACACACGGCGGUGCAUCCCAUGUACGUGAGCUAUAGUAGUUUACCGACCACCAACAGUGCCAACUCGACCCAGCUAAAGCAGGCGGCCAGCAGCGCGAAGCUGCUGCUGCUAGCCACCAGCAAUGGCGCUAUCGAGGGAGGCAAGGAGGACGGUGGCGACGGCAACAACACCACCACCGGCGGUGCUGUUGUUGCGUUCGGCCGUCCACCAAAUCACACCAAUGGACAGUGCAAACACCACCCAUCCUCAUCAUCCUCAUCAUCACUGCCCGCGCACCAUCAUCACCCGGUGCCACAGCCGCCGCCCACCGCCGGAUCGGCACUAACGCGCAAUAACACGGUCGGCGGCAGUAGCGGAGGUGCGGGUGGCGGCAGCUUCGGUGACAUGCUGAAGGCGAAGCUUAACGGGCAGCACGGUCCGGCGACCGGCAGCAGUAACGGCCAUCACUCACCCUCGAAUACUAACACACUACUGUCAUCCUCAUCCUCACCGUCAUCCACGUUCACGAACCUUCACAGCAGCCCGCAGAGUCUGCACAACGGUAGCCAUGGCAGCGGGUACCAUCACAACAACAACCACCAGCAACAACACCCCCACCACCACCACCACAACCUACAGCACCAGAACAGUACGGGCAGCCAGCCUGCGGGCGGCAACCUGCUGACGAAGCUGAGCAGCAGCAACAGCAUCAACAGUGGCGGAUCGCGCGUGAUUCUGUUGCAGCAUCAGGACAGCUCGGAGUCUUCGCCGCCGCCCACCGUACCAACGCGCGGACUGAGCCGGAAUGCUAGCUUCAGCAAGGCUACGACUGCCGGGGCAGGACGGGAUCAUCAUCAUGCUGCGGCGCUGCUGAAUAACAAUCCGCUGCGAAAGAACAACAGCGGGAGUGUGAGCAUCUUGCGGUACGGGGAGGGCGGCGGUGUGCAAGGUCGUCGGACGCCCGAUCCGGAGGACGAUACGUUCUUUAUACCGCGCAGUGCCUCAUCGUAUCAGGCGCGGGCCGCCAACUUCGGCAUCAGCAAUCCGUUCAACAACGUGAUGCUGGGCCGGCCCGCGGGGGCUUACCGGGGAGCAGUGCCCGGAGCGGAUGGUGCGAUGGUGGCCGGUGACGACGACGGUCGGCGCUUGCUGCUGUUGAGCGGGUCGGCCCAGCAGCUCGGCAGUUCCACGCCGCAAAAGCGUAACUCGCUGGUCGGUGGUGUGGUCGUCGGAUCGAACGGCGGUGGAACGGGAUCGGCCGGUCCCACCACACCCGGCUCGUGGAAUGGCCGUGGAUCGCCCAUACCGCAGGUACCGCCCCUACCCCAGCACUAUCAGCGCAAGGGUUCGGAUGCGGGAUCGAGCGCGAGCUGCAGCAGCAACGCUUACCUCACACGAUCGCCCAACCUGAACCGGAUCGCUCGCCGGCACAAUGGAAACGGGGGCAAUGCCGGUGGCACCAACGGGUUGAACAAUAACGGCCACGCAGGAGGCGGGCUGCUGGAACGGGGCGGUCGUAGUGGCAGCAGCGGAAGACUCCCCAGCACGGCCACGCAGUGCGAUCAGAUUCGCGAGUACGGUGCAGCAGUGCCGGCGGGAGCAAAACCGCUCGGAUACUGUGCGGCGGCGGUCCCAUCGUCGCCACCGGAAAACAACAACGCAUUCCCGCCCCUGCCGAUAUUCCAGCGCAACAAUAAUGGCGGCAGCAGCGGCAACGGAUCGCCGUCGGGCAUUCCGGUGAUGGUGAUGCAUCGGGCCAAGUCGCAGGAUCGGCUAGCGUACCGGGCCCGCCGUCCGGGCCGAACGUUCGGAGCGAAUGGGGCCGGCCAUCACCAUCAUCACCAUCAGCAGCAACAGCGGCCACGAUCGUUCUGCAGCAAUAACGGUGCCUAUCCGGAUUACGUUAUUCUGGAGCAUCCAGGGAAUUAGGCGUCGGUAGUGCGCCGGUGGUAGAAGGCGCUCAGCCGUCCUUGUCGCACCGAUUGGCGAUAAUGGGAAGGCGCCAACGUGUCUUGUGUCGUAAGGAUUCUUCCUGCCAGUGGCGACGCCAUCGUCCCGUUGGAAAGGGAAGGGGGGGGGGGACAAUCGUCAAAGAGUCGUCCCCCUUUAGGAACAGUGAAUUAUUGAUGGGGCUGGGGAAGCGUGCCGCCGUGCUGGCGUUGGGGAAUUUAUUCCGACUUCCGCCUUCACCAUUUCAACGGCGGCAGCAGCGUGUCGCCUGAACUGUUGUUGACACGGAAGAAGGGUCGAUACACAACACAACAACGCACGAGGCUGUAGAUAGUUGUGUGGAAUGUGUUGGGGUGAGAGCGGAGCGCGAGAAAUGAUUGUAACCCAGCGUUUAAUGUCGCAUUCAGUCUCAGCCGUUGCGAUUGGUGUUUAGAACUGGUUGAAACCAUUAAGCGAUAGCGUUUCCUUUUUUUUGUUCCUUUCGUUCAGUCGGUUGUUGUUGUAUUUCGUGAAUUUUAUCCAUCUGUUACGACCCCUCCUCCCCGUGUGUGCCGUUGUGCCUCCACGUUUCAGCCGCACCGAAGCCUGUUGGAGCUUUGCCUAUUUCUUCCAUGAAGAAGUGUUGGCAUGACGACGCGUCGCGGUCGCGGGCUGUGUCGCAUCCCACGAUUUAUGGUAUUAAUUUCAAUACCGAAGUGCGAUUUGCGCAAACUUUCCAUGGGAAGGAGAAAUUAAUGAUACAACGACACCACAACCACAGCCAGAAGGAUUCUGAAUGACGUAUCCCUAUAUAUUUUUGUUUGUUUCCUUAUAAUUUACCACUCCCAAUUCGCCUCGUUUUCUCUGCUUUUUCUACGUACGCGUGGUGAGAAAAAGUUAAUGAGAUAGAAACGAUUAAGCCAAACAUCGAGUGAGAGUGAUUUUAUACUGAAGGAAUCGUUGAAAGUCCUCGAAUUGCACUGUGCGAAGGGCGUCCUUCCUUGACUCCUAUUUGAUAAUGCUGCAUUGAGCGUUCGAAUCAAUGACAAAGUUUGUAUCAGAGACGGUUAGAACUAUUGAACACUUAUCUUGACCUUAUCAUUUAAAGAUAUUUUCCUUUUUUUGCUUAUAAACUGUAGUUUCUUGCCCUUGCCGUACUGGUAGGCCCUAUCUUGCCCUUGUUUGAUGAACACAAUGAUCCAAAUGAUCCUCAGAAUUAGACAAUGUUCCUUAAAAUGCUGUCUACAACAUACCGAUAAGCUAGUUCUUCACUUUUUUUGGAGGUUCGGAUUUGUUAUCGUACUCUAGUAGACUUUGCUCACCUUCCUUUAGUGGACGGUCAUAGAUAUAGAUAUGUUGUAAUAGCCGGAAGGUAGACACAGGGUCAAAGGUUCCCGUUGUGAGAGAGAUAGUGAGUGAGUUAGUGUCCGACGUGUGACUUUGUUGUGUGAACUAGUUAGUGUUAUGAUAUGUAUAUCCCCCUUCCGGUUGUAGAGUAGUGAAUUACCGAUGAUUAUCGUAAUAAUCGACCGUUUCUUAUUCAAUCGAUGGAAGGAAAAGAGAAAGAGACCUUCUGGCAGGGCGCUCUUUCCUUCCUCUGCUCCUAUCCUAUCGUUACAUUUGACUGUGUUAUAGAAGAGAAUCCUUAAAGUAAGAAUUCCCCUUUGCGAUAAGAGGAACGUGUUGUUUUUUUUUUACUGAAUUUCCUCAAUCCAACGAAAAGCAAACUCAGCACAGCCCCAUUGGUCAUUGGAAUCAGUGAUCAGUGCGUGUGUGUAUGUAUCUUUAUUCCUCGUAGCCAAUACCGUAUAUCGUUUCGUUGUGAAUAUCGUGAUGUCGUUUGUAAAGAGAAUGGGAUGGGAACAGUGGAAAAAUGCACGAGGGAAAGAAUGUAGACACGAAACCAUGUUAUCUCGGUAGAAUGUAGCCAGUAGCCAAAACAAAAACAAGAGGAACGCGCAACAGCAGACAUCGUACUUUUUGCUAGCCAAAAUUAAAGAAGCUCUGGACAAAAGCCAGGGAGAAAACGAACGCAUUUCGCGAGGGAGAGAAACAACUUUGGAAAUGUCGGCGGCAAACCAAAGCUCCUCUUCUCGUGAAAGAAGCGGCAGUCUAGAGUAUCUAGCCAAGCAUAGGAUAGGACGCAAUGUAAGUCUACAAAGCGCGCGUAGACUUUAGCGUUAGAGACAUACACCAGGCCUCGGACGAAAUGUUGUUUCUGUUUUCAGUUAAUGUUUUUUUUUUAUACACACCAAACCCCAUAGCGCAUAGGUUUGCAAGCACUACUUCUCUCUAUGUUCAUAGAUGUUCGGUUCUAAAUGCCACAACGACAAGCACACACAGACGCGCGCGCGUGCUUCAUUAGAUAACGCCGUUAGCGGACGGCAAGAUUGCGAAUUGCGUCGCGUAUGAUGGUACAAAGAGAGCGAAACAAUGAAAAUAGCAACAGAAAUCAAACGAAAUAGCUGACUAGUGACUUAAACUUUGCGCGAAUUUAUUCCUCUUACACUAUUCUACUCAAUCUAUGCAGGGGGGGCUAAUAAGUUUAGCUGAGCUAGCGAAUCAAAACGUUUUGUCGUUUCAUUGAGAUUGAAACUCUCUUCAUUUUCUUUUGUUUCUGGGUGGCUUAGAGCCGUGUUUGUUUUUUUUUAAUUCAUGGUUUUUACCAGUAGUUAUCAGUAAAGCUCAGCGAGGAGGAGAGCGCUCUGGACGUGAAGAAAGCAAUGAAUAUAAUAAAAGAACGAAACACAAAAGAAGAAAAUGUAAUGAAAUUGUCA